AAUAAAUCAAUCGGCAAAUAUUAGCUCGUCCCACGGAUGUUAGAUAUUGAAAAUGUCAUUUUCAGCGUCACUCAAGUGGGCCUAUAUGUCCUACAGAAUACUUACCAAAGCUGACCUAUCCAAGUUCUAGAUACUGUUAAAUCGUCACCUUAGAACACACCUGGUCUCAUCCAUAACACUAUAAACUCAAAAUAUGGAAACUACUGUGUUGGUUACAGGGGGUUCUGGUUUAGUGGGAAACGGGAUCCGACUAGCUCUAGAGAACAUUAACGGUCCCCUCAAACGAAAUAAUGAAAAGUGGAUAUUUUUAUCUUCUAAAGAUGUUAAUCUGACGGAUAGUAAUGCUACUCGGGCGUAUUUUGAACACAUGCGGCCAACCUACGUGAUUCACUUAGCUGCCAAGGUUGGCGGUUUGUUUGCCAAUAUGUCUGACAAUCUUGAAUUCUUUCGCCAAAACAUGCAUAUUAAUGACAAUGUAUUAUCAAGUAGUCAUGCAGUUGGUGUAAAGAAAGUUAUUUCAUGUCUUUCAACGUGUAUAUUUCCUGAUCGUACAACUUAUCCAAUCGACGAAACUAUGGUACAUAAUGGACCUCCACAUGAUUCUAAUUAUGGAUAUUCUUAUGCUAAACGCAUGAUUGAUGUAAUGAAUAGAGGGUAUAGCGAGACUUUUGGUGUUCUUUAUACGUCUAUUAUACCUACCAAUGUAUUUGGUCCAUUUGAUAACUUUGAUAUUAAUCAAGGACACGUUCUUCCUGGUCUUAUUCAUAAAGCAUACUUGGCUAAAAAGAAUGGCGAACCUUUAACUGUUUGGGGUUCUGGUAAGCCAUUGCGUCAGUUUAUUUAUUCUGUUGACUUGGGUCAUCUCAUCAUAUGGGCUUUACGGGAGUACAAUGAUUCUUCUCCAAUCAUACUUUCUGUACCCGAAAGUGAUGAAAUUUCGAUCCGUCAAGCUGCCGAAGCAGUAGCCAAGGCAAUGGAUUGUCCUAAACUCGUUUUUGACACAACUAAAGCGGAUGGACAGUUUAAGAAAACUGCUAAUGCAUCGAAACUUCGCCAACUUUAUCCUGAUUUUAAGUUCACUCCUUUUGAACAGGCUAUUGAAUAUACUUGUAAAUGGUUCCGUGAAAAUUAUGACACGAUUCGGUGCUAGUUCUGCCUACAAUUAUCUGUGGUUAUGGCACCAUACAAUUAGUUAUUUUGAAUGUAUUUUUUUACUGUUUCACUGUAAUCUGGCUAGCUAUGGAAAAAUAGUUUGAUUUUGAUUUUCAUUAUAUAAAUAACUCAAUCUUGAUAAUAUGUUCCAAAUAUUCAGUUGAAAUAAAUAAUUAUUCGCACAAUUUUGGAUGAACGCUUUUCAUAAUAUAAUCAAUCUACAUUUGCAUGGCUACGUUGUGUUAUUCUCCAUGAAGCAAUCCAUGAGAUUUGUGAUCUAAUAUGUAUCUGAUGCUAAACUGUUGCUAAAACUGUUCAACAUAAUUAAUAUACGACGUCUGUUCAUGAAGUUGGUAACUGCACUGUUAACAGGUUGAUAAAGUUUCCAAAUGACUUACUACCUUCCAGCUCUCUUAAGCUGCUUAGUACUUUUAUAGUACUUCACAAUGAAUUAUCCUAAGACUCAACGUGAUCCAAGCUAGUAUAUUCCUAUCCAUAGCUUUAUUGAUAAUUGCUACAUAAAAGGAUCAUAAUGUUAUCGAAAUAUUUUCCCGUAAUAUUGUUUUUGACAACUAACACCAUCUAUGCAAGGAACAGUUAAACAUUCAGACUAUUGUUAUAAUACCUUAUAAC